AUGCCAACUAUCCGAUGCCUCCUUUACUUUGCAGUUAAGCGUAAUUGGCAACUUUAUCAGCUCGAUGUGAAUAACGCUUUUCUCCAUGGCGAUUUAGCUGAGGAAGUCUAUAUACAAUUUUCUCCGGGGAUGACAACACCUUCAUCUUUCAUGGUUUGUCGUCUCCGCAAGUCAUUGUAUGGACUGAAACAGGCUUCUCGUCAGUGGUACGCACGUCUCUCCUGUGCAUUGAGUACCGAGGGUUUUGUCUCUUACCUCAACGAUUAUUCUCUUCUCUUUAAAGCUUUCGGGGAUCUUAUUACUAUUCUUGCCGUCUAUGUUGACGACAUCUUGAUUACUGUCAACAAACUGCGGGAAAUUAAUGAAAUUAAACAUUUUUUGCACUGUGAAUUCAAGAUUAAGGACCUAGGUGAAGCUUCCUAUUUCUUCGAUCUGGAGCUUCUUUGUGAAAAUGGUGGACUGGUAGUCACACAACGCAAAUUUACAGUAGAUUUACUUACUGAGUUUGAGUGUUUGGAUGUUAGACCUGCUUCCAUGCCUUUGGACCCAACUCUGAAGCUCACUUCUGCUUGUGGUUCUCCUCUCCCUGAUCCAAUUAUUUAUUGUCGGCUUGUGGGCAAGUUGAAUUUCUUGACCAAUACUCGCCCGGAUUUGUCCUUCGCCGUUCAAUAUUUAAGUCAGUAUAUGCAAACCCCUUGUUCUUGGCAUUAUCACGCAUCAUUGCAUACCCUACGUUAUCUUUGCAAAGAUCCUGGUUUGGGCCUUUUUAUGAUCUCUGAUCACUCAUUUCAGCUUUUGACUUUUUGUGAUUCUGAUUGGGCUUCUUGUUCCGACACUCGUCGUUCUGUGAGCGGAUUCUUUCUCAGCUUAGGUGGUUCUCCAAUUUUAUGGAAAUCUAAGAAACAACCUGUGGUUGCUCUUUCAUCGGCCGAAGCCCAAUAUCAUUCGGUACGUCGGUUGGUGGCUGAACUUCUUUGGGUCGUCCGACUUCUUCAAGAUCUAUCCGUCCCACCACCUUUGCCUGUGCCUAUUGAAUGUGACAAUCAAGAGGCCAUUCACAUCGCUGAAUAUCUAUUAUUUCAUGAACGAACCAAGCAUAUUGAGCUUGAUUGUCACUUCAUUCGUGAAAAAUUAUUGGAUGGUUUAAUCUCUCUGUCUUUUGUGCCCUCUUCAUCUCAACUUGCAGAUUUAUUUACUAAAACGCUGAGUGGGCCUCUUCAUCGAUCCUUAUUGGGCAAGUUGGGAGUCUGA